AUGACAAAUUGGGCUGCGGAUGUCGCACCGGAAUACAGCAUCGGCGAGUUCGUCGUCGCCGCGCAAGGCCUGGCGGGGAACCGUGAGCUGAAGACGGUCAUGGGCAAUUUCAGACUGGCCGAACUGCGACAGGUAACGGGUGGGUGGGAGGAGCUGCAGGAGAAAAAGAAGCUCAAUAGGAGGAAACGGAAGAAGAUUAACGACGACGAUGAGGACGAGGAAGUGGAGGGGGCUGUUGAGAAACAGCGUGGGGAUGUGAAUAAUGCUCCGAAAGAUAUUGACGGGGAUCAGGAAACAUCUCCGAAAAACGAUGUCAACGCGUUGAUGAAUGAUCCAGAAGUUAAGAAGCGCAUUGAGAUGAACAGGAAAUUGGCCAUGGAGCGUCGUCGCCAAGCAGCUAUUCGAGCUGGACAAGCAAAGCCUGCUGCUGCCGAGGGACCGGAAGAUGAUUUUAUUGAUCCCAAUGAUUGCAUUGAUCAGGAGGACAUCGACAUGGAUGUUCUCGAUGACAUGAAUCAGUGGCAUGAUUCCCAGGACUCCGGAAACAAUCGCCCGCAAGCUGUACGAAUUCCUGACAAAAGAGUUGAUGAUUUCAACAGGGCAGAUGCAAUGGUGCAGAUGAAGGCUAGUGGCAGCCAGGUUGAAGAGAAUCAGACAGCGAUGGAUUCAGUUCCACAAACAUCGGAGCAGGGUGAUGGGCCCGGGAAGCCCGUGACUAAGAAGCAAACAUCAGAUGGGAACGAAAAAGAGCACCUGAGAUAG